AUGCCGCCAUCACUAUACGCAAACUUGCUGGAUCCAGCAGCCGCUGCACCUGCUGCCACAAUCUCUGGCGCGCCCGUCAAGUACUCGUUCAAGAAGGAAGACGAGGCUCCGGCCGCCGUGGAAAAGNNAAAAACACCCGAUGCCUCUCUUCGUUUCCAACCAGCCAUCAAACGCCCCCAGCCUGUCCAGAAGCAAAAGCCCCGGCCAAACUCGAAUCCCACUCUUGUGACGAAACCUCCUCCGCUGCCUGCUGCACCUGUCGCAACAGGCCCCAUUGUCCAGAAAUGGAACGAGUCGCAGCAGCAAGACUUUGAUGUCGUCAACGAAUACCACAAGUUUCAGGAAGAACAAAAGGCUCGUCUAAAGGAGGAGCGCAAGAGCAAAAGAUCAAAGAAGGCAUCAUUGCAGAUCGAGGACAUCGACUGGUCUGCCCCAUACAACGUUCAGGAUGCCUUUACCAAGACUCGCACCAAGCUACGUCUAGAUGCAUGGAAGCACUCGGACUCCAAGUUCAAUGCCCGCUACCAGUGGAAGGAGACGCUCCACUCCUUCAAGCGUCCUGGAACUCCUCCACCAGCAAAGGAUGAGCCUAGACUUGCAGCAGAUGUCUCUUACAAGAACAUGCCACCUCCGCAAGAACUCACCGAGCCCGUCAAUCCACCUGUCACUUCUCAACCUGCCUUCGCUCCUCCACAAACUCCAUCUGCUCCUGUGCCUGCAGCCUAUCCGCCUCAACCUCCAUCUUUCGAACAAUACCCACCCCCACCUCCGCCUCCACAAUCCUCCGCCGCUCCUGCUCUUCCUGGUCUACAACACUACCCUCCUCCACCGCCUCACUUUGUACCACCUCCACCACCUGCUCAGCCAUUCCAUUCUGCGCCCUCGCCUGUCACAGCUCAACCUGCUCCAUCGCAACCAUCAGGAACCAUCUCACGCGAGCCUGUACGCUAUGGACAAGCCGCUCAGACACAAGACGAUACGGAAAAUGUGCAUGAGUCAACCAACAUGGACACAUCACAAGCACUCGAACCGGAAGUACGAAAAUCUGCACCCGGACAAAAAGGCUUUGCACAACGCUACAUGGAGAAGAUGGGUUGGAAGAAGGGCGAGGGUCUUGGAAAGGAGGCCACUGGUAUUACGACCAUCCUCCGUCAUGAGGCCACGAAACGGAAACGCAAGGGCGAUGCUGAAGGUGGCGGUUGGGCACAACCCGCUGCCAUGGGCCGUAUUGUCGGAGGCAAGAAGACCAAAACCGAUGCACCAAUCGAUGAAAGCAAAGCCUUCAGUCUGGUUGCUAAAUUCGAGGGCAUGCUCAAAGACAUGGAUGUCGACCGAGCUAUCGAAGAGGAUAAUUUGAUGCAAAAGAUUGGCGAGAAACUGGAAGAUUACGGUCGCUCGGAGCGCGUGUUUAUCGAUCGUGCUACUGGGAUAGUAUUCGUCAAGUUUACAAGCGCUCUGAGUGCUUUCAACGUAAGUCGUGCGACUAUCAUGAACGAUACUUUUACUGACGAUAUCACANNGGCCAUCAAAGCAAGCGACGGCACGGACUUCUUGGGUAAUGGCCGCAUAGUCCAGAGCACCUUCUUCAACGCCGACAAGUUUGAACAAGGCAUCUACGAAUAG